CAGGAGUCCUGGUUCACACAGCGGCUAGACCACUUCCACCACCACCCGGGGGGGAAUGACACCACAUUCCAGCAGCGCUACUUCCUGUGCGACAAGUUCUGGUCACGAGGACCCGGAGGGAGCCGCGGACCCAUUUUCUUUUACGCCGGCAACGAAGCCGACGUGACGCUGUACGUCAACGCCACAGGGCUUAUUUGGGAGCAUGCUGAGGAGUUCGGGGCGCUAGUGCUGUUUGCUGAGCAUCGCUAUUACGGCAAGACGCAGCCGCUCGGCCCGGACAGCUGGUCCUCCGACCCCACCUACCUCUCGGUGGAGCAAGCCCUCGCGGACUACUCGGUUCUGAUUUGGAACAUCACAAGAACCACCGGGGGAGAGGACAGCCCCGUCAUCGCCUUCGGCGGCUCGUACGGCGGCAUGCUCGCGGCCUGGCUCCGGCUCAAGUACCCGCAUCUGGUGACGGGGGCGGUGGCGGCGUCGGCGCCCGUGGGGGCGUUCCCUGGAGUGCCGGGGUGGCAGCCGUCCAAGUUCUGGGAAGUGGUGACGUACGACGCCACCGCGUCGGCGGGCGCCGUGCCUGAGUGCUCGUCCAACGUACGCGCCGCGUUCGGCCACGUGAUGGCGCUGGGCCGUACAGCGACGGGACGAGCGGCGCUGGGCCGGCUUCUGCGGCUGUGCAAACCCAUCGAAGACGAGGACGCGGCGGUCGGCGUGGCCUACUGGCUGCAGGGCGCCUUCGACGCUUUCGCCAUGGGCAACUACCCGUAUCCCUCAUCGUACAUCAGCGAUGACCCCGCCCACCCGCUCCCCGCCUGGCCCAUGAGGGCGGCGUGCACCCGGCUAGCAGGCAGGGGGCUGCGAGCCAGCGACCUUGCCCUGCGCGACGCGGCGGGAGUGUUGUACAACGUCACGGGCCGGGUGCAGUGCUACACUGUGGAGACGUCGGGUCCAGCGGCCGGACCCUGGGAUUACCAAUGGUGCACUGAGCUGAUGGCGCAGCUGCCGUACUACCCGACUAACGGUAUCAGUGACAUGUUCUGGGACCAGGGCCCGUUUGACCUGGAAGCCAUCAACCAGCACUGCGAAGCCAUGUGGGGAGUCCGGCCGCGGCCCUUUUGGUCAGCCAUCACGUACGGCGGGUUGGACUACCGGUAUGCUAGUAACAUCGUGUUUUCGAACGGCCUUUACGACCCGUGGAGUGCGUACGGCGUGCUGACCGACAUCAGCGACAGCGUGGUCGCCGUCAUCAUUCCUGAGGGCGCCCACCAUCUGGACCUCAUGUACUCUCACCCCUCUGACCCGCCAAGUGUUAGGGCUGCGCGACAGAUCGAGAUGGAUUACGUGCGCAACUGGGUC